GGCGAUUGGUCACUGCAGUGCUGGCGGGGCUUUGUAAAAGUUCUUGAACAGAAAAAGCCUAUCGUCGAGUCCAUUGGUAUUGUUUUAUGCAACUUACAGCGCGCGAUCGAUCACGCAAAUGGUGCCGACAACAAAAAAGUACCGAGUAACCAUGCGUCUCGGUGAAAGUUAGGCGGAACAUUUGCGUGAUUCUGUCCGCCAGUCAGCGCUUGUUGGGCGGAGCGCACUCCACUGUCAGGCAGCCACCAACUUAGCUUCUUGUUAGCAUCGCCUGAGCUACAAGAUGAGCUUUUCACGCGAAAUAAAACUGCUCCAGAAGGCGAAGUACAAAGCCCAGAACAGCAGCAACAUAAGAGAGGAGGCUAACAUCUGCAAUCAGCUUGGAGAGCUGCUAUCAAGAAACGGCGAUUAUGAAGCCGCCAUUGAGGAGCACCAGCAAGAGUUGGCCCUCUCUGAAGUGGUAAAUGAUGUGAUUGGACGAGCUGUGGCCAAUCGUAAGAUAGGAGAGUGCUAUGCAGAGCUGGGAAAUAUUGAAGCGGCCUUGAAACAUCAGCAUCGUCACCUGGACCUGGCCCGCUCUGUUAAAGAUCAUGCCGAGGAGCAGAGAGCGCUCGCCACUAUCGGCCGAACCUACCUCUUCCGCUAUGAGUCAGACCAGUCGAGAAAAAGUCUUGAACAAGCGGAAGAUGCCUUCAGGAGGAGCUUGGCCAUUGUGGACGAUCUUUUAGGGACGGUGCCACAGCGAGAAAUUAAUGAGAUGAAGGCUCGACUUUUCCUCAAUCUCGGUUUGGUUUGCGACCACCUGGGGGAGCCCAAGCGCUGCAGCGAGUUCAUUCGACGCAGUGUCUUCAUCGCAGAGAAGAGCACGCUGCUGGAAGAUCUUUACCGCGCCAACUUCAAUCUCGGUAACAUCUUCUUCCGCAACGGCCAGCACUCCAAUGCGGUGCGUUGCCUGGAGCAGGCUAAAGAGUGUGCACGGAAGAUGAAAGAUAAGUUCACCGAGAGCGAGUGCUUCCAUUGCAUUGGCAAGGUUCAGCUUUCUUUGGGUGAUUUUGUGGCUGCGAGACGCUCUCUUAAGAAAGCUCUAUUGUUGGGUUCCCAACAGCCGGUGGACAGACAGGCCGUGAAGAAAGCCUUUAAAUACGCCGACCAAGGCUGUAAGUUAGAAGAGGAGUUGGGAGAGGAUCAGUGCAGGGCUUCCCAUGAGGCCGUAGGUCUGGCGGAGCAACUUGGCGAUCUCUACUGUAAGGUCGGCUGCUUCCAUAAAGCUCUGGAUGCAUAUCAAGCGCAGUUUGCAGGCGCUGAGGCGUUAGGGAAGCCCGCACGCGAGCUGGCGGUCAUCCACGUGUCUCUGGCCGCGACCUUCACUGAUCUGCGGCGGCACGGUGAAGCUGUGCAGCACUACAAACAGGAGCUGGCAUUACGGCAGGGCAGCCCGGCCGAGGAAUGCAGCACCUGGCUGAACAUCGCAGCGGCCCAGGAGGAAAGCGGUGUUGCCUUUGAGGACCAGGACAGCAGCUUCGGUGCUGCCCUUCGUUGUGCUCAAGCACAUGGGCAGGCCCGACUGCAAAAGCGCGUUUUGAGGCUAUGGUUGGCGGCCCAAAGGCGAAACGGCUCGUUAAACGACAGCGAGACCGAAGCCAAACUGCUGGAGCUGUGCGCCAAAGAAGGCUGGACGCCACAAGACAGUGAUGGAGAGGAAGAGGAGGAGAUGGACAACACUGAACCUCUAGAUGAUAGUGAUGUUGUUCUCUCAGACUCCGAUGACGACCUGGAAGGAUAUGACAAGAUGGUGUCAGGAAGGAGGAAGGCAGGACGGUGGAACAAGAGGAAUGAGAAGGGUGAGACGUCCCUCCACAGGGCGUGCAUAGACGGGAACUUGAGGCAGGUCCAGUAUUUGGUGGAGCAGGGCCACCCAAUAAACCCCAGAGACUACUGCGGCUGGUCUCCUCUGCAUGAGGCCUGCAACCACGGUCACCAUGACAUUGUGACUGUGCUGCUGGAGCGAGGUGCGAACAUCAACGACCCGGGCGGCCCGCUGUGUGAGGGGGUAACUCCCCUGCACGACGCCCUGGCAUGUGGCAACUUUUCAGUAGCCAGGCUCUUGGUGGAACGAGGGGCUUCUGUUAACCUCCGCAACUCUAAGGGUGAGACUGCCAUUGACACACUCCGUCAUUGGCAGCGGAUGUACAGCAAAGAACUGGACCAUGAAGCCAAGCAGGAGUGUGCAACAACUGAGCGACUGCUGAAGAAGGCACUUGCAGGAGGCGUCCACAUUGCCGCUGCCCCUCCCAAACCUUUUGACACAUUUCAAGACAGCCAGCUAUUUGAUGCCGAGAACUCUGAGCCACUUACAUCCUCAGAGGGGGGAUGUGCCUCUAGCCAAGACUGGCCUGGGAGCAGCGAGAGGUCAGAGAUGAACACGACAGUGUCUGCUAGUCUCUCGCGACAGCAGCUAAACAGCUCAUCUCAGCGUCGGCGAGCCAGAGGGACAGAGGCUACUCUUCUUUAUGGGAAUAAGAGCUGCUCUUCAGAAGACAGUGACUCUGACAUCCCUAUUAGUCCGCUCCGUCCAGUUCGCCCGAGACCCACCAUACCAAAAGCUCCAGGCCAAACUAAUACGAGCCCAAACAAGGAGGGUGGCUCAACUGUCAGAGAUCCCUCCGCAUCGUCUGUCUUUGCCCAGGCAGCGUACCACAGCGCCAUCCGAGGGUUGGGCAGCGCUAAAACGCUCCUGCAGGGCCGCACACAGCCUCAUUUCUCCAGCACAUCGCCGGGCCUUUCAUCAAGCAUUAAAUCAGCUUUAGUUCCCGAGGAGGAGUAUCUGAUGGAUGACUGGCUGGAGGACGAUUUGCAGGAGAGUCAGCCAAAGAAGAAAAGGAGGCUUCAAGUUCAGAAUGGUGCCAGAGGAGAUGACGGUCCAUCUUCAACAGCCAGGGGUCUGAACUCUCAGAUGUCCUGCAGGAGUAAGAAGUUAACUUUUUUUUAUUUCUCUGUCCAUAUUUUCAACCGAGUUGUACUUUUUCCUGGUGCUGCAGGUCUGCCAUCCACCAGCAGAGGUGUCUCACUGAGAAAGAACAGCUCAGUGAAGCCUCAGCAGGUCAAAAUGACACAAAUGCCCGGGAUGCUUCGAUUGGGAAGACGAGAGAUCAACAGGUCACAUAGCCCCACCCUGACAGAUGACGACAUGAGACCAGAGACACCUCCGCCACCCCAACAAAUGCACAUCCAGCCUCCAUCUCAGACUUCCUCCAUCCCUGCGUCACUGCCUCCACCAAUAAGGAUGAGAGUCAGAGUACAGGAUGAUGUCUUCCUCAUCCCAGUUCCACAAAGCGAGGCAGACUCGUGCACUGUGUCGUGGCUCUGCAAUCAGGCCGCCCAGCGUUUCUACCACAAGUGCGGCCUCCUGCCUCGCCUCUCUCUGCAGAAAGAAGGCGCUCUGCUGUGCCCGCAGGACCUCCUGUUGGCCGUUCUGCACACCAACGAGGAGGUGUUGGCUGAGGUGUCUUCCUGGGACCUCCCACCUCUUCCAGAGCGCUACAAGAAGGCAUGCCUCAGCCUGGCAGUAGAAGAGAACAAGCGCGUCACCCGACUGUGUGAGGUGCAGGACGGCAGCUCCUCCGUGUUGGUGUGCGGCCUCGGCCUGGCCCCGUCCUCCCUCGCCGCCCUCUUACGCGCCCUCAAACUGCAGACCAGCCUCACCGAGCUACGCCUUUCAGGCAACCGCCUCCACGAUAACCUCCUUGCCGAGCUGGUGACCACGGCCAUCACCAUGCCACGGCUCUGUCUGCUGGACAUUUCGGCCAAUCAGGUUACGGGGGAGGGGCUUGAGAAGGCUGCCAACGCUUUAAAAGGAGUCAGCCAUCCUGCAUUUCCGUGUCUGAAGGAAUUGGACCUGAGCUUGAACCCACUAGGUGACAAUAUAUCAGAGUCUCUGUCCAGCCUGGUGUCCUCCUGCCCGCUGCUGGCCAAGCUAUCCCUGCGUGGCUGCAGCCUCACUUCUCGCUUCCUGCAGCAACAUCGCCUGCUGCUCGCUAGCACCCUCACAGGGACGGGCCACCUGAAGUCAGUGUGUCUAUCCCACAAUGCACUGGGCUCCACAGGAUUUGAGCUGGUGUUGAAAACUCUCCCUCUACACACUCUCACACACUUGGAUCUGUCUGCUGUACGAAAGGGGCUGGUUGAUUACCCGGCGCUGGAACACCUCGCCAUCCUUCUGUCACAGGACGACUGUUCAUUAACCCACCUCAGUUUGGCAGCUAAUGGGUUAACAGACGACAGUGCAGCCACUUUGGCCAGGUGCUUUUCCACCUGUCCCACUCUGGUGAAUUUGAACCUGUCAGGAAACCCUUCCAUCACUUCAGAUGGAUUUCGAAUCAUCCUGAACGCCCUCCGAGAGGCGCGUCGACCUCUGACCCGUUUAAACCUUCAAGGUUGCCAGGUGUCAGGGCCAUUGGGAGGCGAGGACCUGGACGGUUUAGCAGAGCUUGUCCAAGAUCUCCGUUUUUGCUCUCAGGGCCUCAACAAGCUGGACCGGCAAGCUUUAAAGCAGACGUGGACCAACAGUCAGCCUAACGGGUAUUUUGUAAACAGAAAGGCAGCCUGCCUGCUCUCCAGUGUGGUCUCCUUGUGAGGACCACGUGCUUCAGAGACUGUGGUAGGCAUUUAUUUGGGAAUCAUGUGAUAACCUGCAGUUACAUUUGAUCAACAACAGAAAAAUCGCACAUCAUUAACAUCAUCUCCCUGAAAGGAAAAGUGAACUAUUCGCACUGAAGUGUCUCAAUGAACAUAUGUCUUGUUACAACUAAUUUAUGUGUUUUUUGUUAGCUUUGUAUAUAUCCUUCAAGAAAAAAAACUAUUAAAGCAGCCCAAGUUUAUCAUUAAAAGGAAACUAAUCUGUU